AACAAAAUUAUUGGGUCCCCAAAAAACAAACUCUCUGUAAAAUAAGAGAAAGAAAAAUAAACAAAGUAAGUUGUUUAUUAUUUUUAUAUUUCAGAGAGAGAGAGAGAGAGGAUGAAAGAAACGCGAUUAUUAAAAAUCUGUUUCUAGUCUUUUUUUCGUUGAGAAGUGAUUAAUCACUUUUUCAAUUCUCCAAACAAAAAAACUUAACCAUCAUUUUUUUUUCUCUUUCAGAUUUUUUGGUAACGGCAUCUCGAUGGCUCGCCAGAGGUUAACGCGAGAACCACGAUUGCCACUGCCAAGACUGGUGCUUCGAGCACCGAUUCCCGCUCCGGCGAACGUAAAUCAAGCUCCGGAGGAGGAGAACGUUGUUCUCAUUCCGCCGCACGUAAAUCCAACUCCGGACACGGAAAUCCGGUACAGAGGCGUUCGGAAGCGACCGUGGGGACGGUACGCUGCGGAAAUCCGAGAUCCCUCAAAAAAGGCCAGGGUCUGGUUAGGAACCUUUAACACCGCUUUAGAAGCGGCUAGAGCUUAUGAUGAUAAAGCUAUUAUGUUCCGCGGAGCGAAGGCAAAGACCAAUUUUCCAAUUCCGGAACAUAUCUUGGCUGCUGCUGAGAUUCCUGCUGCCGCUGCUCCUGCUGCUCAUCGGGUUAAUGAUAGAAUUGAGCUUUUGAAUUUUGAGAUUCCGGUGAAUAGGCCGACUUCGAGCGGAAUGAGCAGUACGGUUGAGUCAUUCAGCGGACCUAGGGCUGUUGUUGUUGGUUCGUCGUCAACAACAGCUGUUUCUAGGGUCCCUGUUGGUCCGGAUCAUAGUGAUUGUGAUUCGUCUUCAUCCGUUGUUGAUGAUGAUGAUGAUGAAGAUUGCGUUGUUGUUGCUUCUUCAUCAUCAUCAGUCAAGAAGCCACUGGAGAUCGAUCUGAAUUUCCCUGCGCCAAUGAAUGAUGAAGAGAUCCGUGCUACGGCCUUGCAUCUUUGACUUGUUGUUGUUGUUGCUGCUGGUGCCGAUGCUGCUGAAUUAUCUUUUUUAUCUUUUAAUUUUAUGAAUGUAGUUUUUGAGUCUUGGAAAAAAAGAGGGAAAAAUAAGAAUUUUACUUUGUUAGAUUGUUAUGAGUAUGAUGAUUGUUGUAGAGUAUUGAAAUAGGACAUGGCCAUCCAUCUAUGUAAUGUUAUGUGAUAAGUGAAGGUUUAUUUCAACUUGGAUGGUUAUGUCUAUGUUGUUGUAAGUUAUUUGGAUCCUGUCAUGUAACAUUGGAAUGGCAUUGGAUAUGAAUUUCAUUUCAUCUUUUUAGAGUU